AUGGAGAUCGAGGCACUUUUAAAACAAGAGAUUUAUAAGAUUCGGCCUAAUCUUAUGCAUAUAAAGAAAAACCUUGAGACUAGGCGGAUUUUAGUAGGAAUAGCACAAAUUGCAUGGCAGGAUAUCGAUAUACGCCAUCUUGAACACCAUUCUGAGACUACUGCCUCAUCGGGUGCAAGCAAUAAUUGA